AGAUAGUGGCAGGACAGCCAAGGAGCAUACGUGCCUGUCGUGCAUGGGCCCCCAGAGAUUGGAGAGCAGAGCUGCCAAAAUCAAGCAGCUGAAUAAACAGUGGUUUAUCCUGAAGGUACAUGGGAGGGAUGAGUGGCAGCAGCCACCUGUUGCAUCAGGAAAAGUCGUGUGUGGGUGUGAGGAACAUACUCCACAGGAGAGAGUUAGUGCUGUCUUCAGCCCUGUGGGCUGCUCUGCUGUGUCUGGAUGAGAGGAGGCUUGGGUAACAUCACCCAGCGUUGAAGCCGUGCUUUAGCAGGAGGCAGUGGAAGAGUUUGCCUUUUCAACUCAAGGCCAGACCCUGACCUGAGGAAACCUGUAAGCCUGAGUUAUCUGUGUUUUGAAGAGGUUACACAACCACCUGAGAGACAAAUGCUCCCUCCUCAAUGUUCCUAAUAUCAGAAAUUUCAGGAGGCUUCUUUGAAACCAACUUCUGUCAGAAGAAUGUCAUCAUCUUCUCUACAAAUUUGUGCGGUGCUGCUGGCUUUAGCAGGAUUCACCAUUUCACUUGUUACUACCGUAUCUAACAGAUGGAAGAUGUCGGACACUGCAACGGUGUUUGUUACUGCAGAUUGGAUUUCUGAAGGUCUUUGGAUGGACUGUGCAGUGACUGCUUUUGGAUCAGUGGAGUGCAAGAAAUUUCUCUACAUGUUGAGUUCAGACACUCAUAUUCAGGCAUGCCGUGCCUUGAUGAUUGCUUCCAUCCUUUUGGGAUUCAUAGCUGCAGUACUCUCACUGCUUGGUUUGAAGUGCACAAAUGUUGGGUUGAGCGAUGAAGAUGCAAAAAUGAAGUUUGCUGUCACAGGAGGAUUUCUCUUUAUUUUAGGAGGUCUCUGCUCCAUGGUGGCUGUUUCUUGGUAUGCUGCGAUGGUUACUGCUCAAUUUUUUGACCCAUUGUACGCUGGAACCAAGUAUGAACUAGGAGAUGCUCUGUACUUAGGCUGGGCUGGAUCUGUUCUUUAUAUGCUUGGUGGGAUCUUACUGACCUGUUCAUGCAAAGGGAAGAAAAAACAGGAUUACAGUUGCAACAAAUAUACAUAUUCAGCAGGCCAAGCAGCAAAUCAGCAGCGCAUUUACACCAAAAACUCUGAGACAGUCAUAAGCAACAAGGAAUAUGUCUAAACUUACCUUUUACAUCACUUGUAAUGUUAGUGGAUUAUGAACUCAAAUAAAGAAGUGAACUCCCUCCAGGCUUCCGGUUCCAAGUUGCAAUCUUUCAUCUUAAUUUGGAGCAGUACGAGGAGGAGGUAUGGAUUUCAAUGUAAAUAGGAAUGGUUUUCAAAUAUAAAUAGGUUUCUACAGAAAAUGCUGUGAUGUGAAAUCCUGCGGCAUGAAGGUUCUCUGCAUGCUGAGAAGCCCGAUGAUACACCACACUCUGUGGUUAAAUUUUCUGACAAUCAAGGGUAACUGUUUCUAUUUCAGCUGACUCAAAAAUGCAGAACUGAUAUUCUGUAGCAGAAUGCAAGUUCAUAGCCACAGAAAUGUCUUGUGUUUUCAUUAAUGUUUAGCUUCCUACUUUUGUUCAGCAGCUUUAGCUUUUGACAGGAAAUAAACUUUAUUCUACCGAC